AGUCUGGGUUACAAAUACAUAAAUAAUUUAUCAUUUAUGAAAACGACCGUUUGUUAAUGCCCUUCUUCCUCCCUGUACCUUGUGAAAACCAUGUGUUUGUACCGCUUUUUAAACUGGAUCAUGCAUGGACAUUGCUUCAGCUCCACACCUAGUCUGUUCCACAGACUUAAAGUUAAAAACCCUUUUCAAAACAUCUUACUUCGCUUGUGUUUCCCCUUUUAAGUAACUUUAGUUGAGACUCUUAUUUUGAAAUGCAAACGGGAAGUUGUCUUUCUGCACAACAGGCGGCAGCUUGACGCUCGUCAGGUCGACGGACGCUGCCUUGGAAACGACAUAAAUCCAGUCCACGCAGCUGGGUCGCGAGCAGGGACCCAGAUUUCCUCACAUCAAAGGCUUCUGCUCCUCUUCCUCCUCCACCCCCUCUUCAUCCUACUCCUCCUCCUCCUCCUCUCUCCAUCCAUCCAUCUAUCGAGCUGCGAACAUGGGCGACCUGAAAUGAUUUGCAGAGCAGGAGGAAAGCAAGGAAAGGAGAGCAGCAUUUAAAUAAACCACAGAAGAAGAAGAAGGUGUCUGCAGAGACCGCAGCCAGGCCUAGACCAGGAUGCCGUUGGUGAAGAGGAACAUUGAGCCCAGGCACCUGUGCCGUGGGGCGUUGCCAGAUGGGGUGACCAGUGAACUGGAGUGUGUUACCAACAGCACCUUGGCUGCCAUCAUCAAACAGCUGGGCAGUCUGAGUCGCCAUGCAGAGGACAUAUUUGGAGAGCUGUUUAACGAAGCCAACAGCUUCUACCUGAGGAUGAGCAGCCUGCAGGAGAGAGUGGACCAGCUGGCCGUGAAAGUCACCCAGCUCGACUCCACUGUGGAGGAAGUCUCCCUUCAGGAUAUCAAUAUGAGGAAGGCCUUUAAGAGCAGCACCAUCCAGGACCAGCAGGUGGUGUCCAGGACCUCCGUCCCCAACCCCGUGGUGGAGAUGUACCAUCGCUGUGACAAACCUCCUCCACUCAACAUUCUCAGCCCUUACAGAGAUGACAAGAAGGAUGCAUUGAAGUUCUACACUGACCCCUCCUACUUCUUCAACCUGUGGAAGGAGAAGAUGCUGCAGGCCACCGAGGACAAGCGCAAGGAGAAGAGACGGCAGAAGGGCUGUCCGGCCCACCCUGACAGGCCCCACUCCAGACAGGCCCCACCCAGGAGCCCCCUGUCCAUCUCUGAGCAGCAGAAGCAGGUUGAGGACCCGGGCCGAGAGGUGAAGAAGGUGCGUAAGGCUCGUAACCGCCGCCAGGAGUGGAACGUCCUGGCCUAUGACAAAGAGUUCAGACCGGACGCCAGGCUCACCCCGUCACCUUACCAUGGCAUGUCCUCAGAAGGCUCCCUGUCCCCUGAUAGCAGGUCCAUGGCGUCCGACUCGUACCCAGCCAGUCCCAACCACCCCUCCACCCAGGCCCCCAGCGCCGUCCACCCCACCGACCCCACCAGGGACCACCUCAGCGCCGCAGCCCAGACCCAGUCACUGGAUCGGGUCCUCAGGCCGGCAAACCCAGCAGCCGCACCGGGGCCUGCGGGGCGACAUGCCGCCUCCCUGGGCAGGACCCCAUCAGGACACGGCGCCCCGCCUGGUGGAGACCCAACGGUUAACGGGCCGAGGCAGCAGUCCGUUAAGGAAUACCGGGCUGGACACAGUGGUCAACCCUCCACCAUCCCAGAGUACUACAUCCCCCCCGCCCCUCCUCCCCCUCCCCCGACCAUCCCCUCGGCGCAGACCGCCUUCGACGCCGCCACCGGCCCGCCCUCCGCCGCCGCCUCCGCGGUCCCUCCCACCUCCUCCACCCUGUCCCGCCCCUACUCCCCCUCCCCCCCUCCUCCCCCGGCCAACUACGUGCCCUCCCCCUCCCACCCUCCUUCGGGCGCGCCGCCGGCCGCCCCUCCCCCUCCGCCGCCCGGAGCCCCCGCAGGCCACCAGGCCCACCCGUCACCGCCGCACGCCGCCGUGGGACAGUCGGCCGUGGACGCCGCGCCCUCGGCCAGGAAGUCCACCAUGCUGGGGAUGAUCCCGAUGAGCGACGCCCGCUCCGACCUGCUGGCCGCCAUACGUAGGGGCAUCCAGCUGAGGAAGGUGCAGGAGCAGAGGGAGCAGGAGGCGAAGAGGGAGCCCGUUGGCAACGACGUGGCCACCAUCCUGUCGCGCCGCAUCGCCGUGGAGUACAGCGAGUCCGACGACGACUCCGAGCUGGACGAGAACGAGUGGUCCGACUAAACAUUUCCAAAAGGAGGAGUUGAGAGAGGAGGUGAUCACUGGGGUCAGAAAGGGAGGUGAAACAUUGAGACACUGUGGUGGAAAUGAAGGGGUUUGGUUUUAACGUUCAUCAUUUACAUUUUAACCGAAAAAAAGAUCAAAGUCAAUCAUACAUGCAUACAUUCACACACGUAAACGCCGCCUCUCUGAGCUCAGCAACAGGUUGCUAAAUCGUUGCUCGUUGCCGCUGACGACGCCAAACCCUCGAGAUUUGUGUGUCUAACCACACGGCGAGAUAAACACACUCACAAUCACACUAUUUAUAACGCCCUCCCGCCCCCGAACUCUCAUUUUUAACCACUAACACUCAGCUGUGAUAAACAAACGCGCCUACUUCUCCCUCCCUACGUAUUUGAGUGAUAAUUAUUAUGAAGAUCACAGGGUGAGAGCCUGUAAUAGCUGUAGUCAGGUGGGCCCCCAGUGAGUACGGGGGGAAUGUGUUUACAAAGCACAUGGUAUAGCACAAGACAAAUAAAAUAAUUAUAGUGCAAUCGUAACUUAUCUGCCAAAUGUUGAGAAAGAAUUUAUGGAAACAAGUCAGGAAAAUCAGGGAAAAAAUAGCUUCGUAGAAACUCUCACAGCGCCGUGCCUGUUUACCAAACAUGCACACUCUCUCUUUAAGAGGCUGCAGCCUCAUUUAGAGAGUUUGGUCACAUUUUAUCAACACAAGACUGUAGAAUCAGCAGCAUAAUCAUCCUUGUGGAAUGAACUCUGGCUGCUGUGAUGCUAACAGCUGAAAAAUACAGCAUGAAGCUGUCACUAAAUGCACAAUCACCUGGUUUGAUUUAAAUGUCCUGCAGGAUAUUAAUCAUCUACCAUUGUUUAUCCAGUAAAUAGUGACUGAUUAUUAACGUCUUUAACAGAUUAAAAGGUGUCGGAUAAAACACACUCAAUCUUUCCUUCCUAAAACUGCAAUAAAAAUCCACUUUCAUUGACUUAAAUGUUAUGACCAACAAAAACCAGUUUGUUUACAUAAUGCUAAUGUUGUUGUUUAAUGAAAAAGCAUACGCCAAAUUAUCAAAAAAAAAAGUUAAAUUAAAAAACUGAAAAU